AAAGUGACAUGGCGGUUCUCCAAUCUUUUAUUCGCGCGAUUAAAUUCGAAUACAGACCAAAUGAAGGAGAACAAGAUGACGUUGUCGUCACCGAUAACUCGUAAUACCAGUCACAUAGUCAGAGAAUCGGUCAGGGUGGGGCUCGUUGUUCAUAGAAUCAUGCUUGUGCGUAACCCGUUCGUUCGGUUCAUUCCUUCAGUGAGAAACCGUACGUCGAGCAUUGGUGAUCGUGCAUCGUGGCGCGUAUGUAUCCAUGGGUAUUCCUCUAUGAAAGAGGUUGUCGGUUUCAGUGUGUUUCCUUGUUGAAAAUAUGAAGUGACCAGUGAAUAAUUAAAAAUCGGUGUAUGUGUAAUAAAUAAAGAAGAUGAAGAUGAUACAUAUCUCAAGAAUAAUCAAUGCAAUCAUAGUUAUCCUUGUUCUCCAUCGAGGUUCAACAGCAAUGAGCAUAGAUGAAAUAGAAAAAGCUACGGAGCUUCUUAUAAAUGAAGGUGAUAGUUUGGAGAUCACAUGCACCGGUUUCGAAAGUAUUUUUUUUGUCUAUCCUGAAGAUGAACCCAAUAUCAUCACCUCGACACCCUUUAAAGAAGAAAGUCUCGAAGAUGACGUAUACAAAUUUGUGUUUAAACGAAACGAAACUGUUUAUGGGGAUACAGGAUUGUAUGGUUGCCCCGGUAAUAUUUUGCAAGUUACCUCACACCCUAAUUUUCAAACAUCUGAAAGUUUGGUAUUCGUUUAUGUUCAAUCGAACAGAAGCAUGUUUGUACAAACAGAUAGUUUUCGUUCACUAAAUGUAGCAGUCGGAGAAACCGCUUUAAUACCUUGUAGACCAACGUCGCCCAAUUUCACAGUUGAACUCUUACUCAAUGAUUUAGCUGUGAAUAAAAUGAAUUUCCAUCCAAGGAUUGGUUUCACAUUGACAAACAUCACGCUGAAAGAUGGCGGUUAUUAUACAUGUGUCAUACAAGCAGAUGUACGCCAAGAAAUAAAUUAUUACUUACUCGUGAUUCGGAAGCAUGAAUUGAACGAACCAAAAAUUGCGGAGGAUAAUUUACGUCAUGUAACAAGAGGUCAAAUUCUACGUGUAAAUUGCACAACGAUCGUUGAAACAGAUAUGAAUUAUUUUUUAAGUUGGAUUACACCGCAAAUGAAUACUAGAAUAAGAACUGUUGAUUACAGUGAAAAAACAGGUCCAAUUAAAAAAGCGAUUAUCGAAAUGAUUAUAGAGGAUGUAAGAUACGAAGAUGAAGGUUUGUACGAAUGUGUUAUAAAAUCGUUUCAUGAUUCUAGAAAAACGAAAAUCUUCAUCAAGGUUCAUGAUCCGGAAAACAAAUUUAUCAACCUAACAGCACAGGAUGCUGUUAGACAUUAUCAACGUCAUGAAGGUGGUGAAAUACAAUGGGUUGUACAUGUGCAUGCUUAUCCAGAACCUAUUCUUAAAUGGCUAAAUACAAAAGGAGAAGAAAUCGUAGGUAAUUGGGAAGCUCCAAAAAAAACGAAAUAUGCGAUAAAAACAGAAUCUACUAAUACAAUUUUAAGAAUAAAUCAUUUAAAUAUCGAGGAUAUGGGAGAAUAUUCUCUUCAAGCUACUAAUCAAGAUAAAUUCGAUAUGUUGAAUUUUACAUUAGAUGUAUUAGUAAAACCAGUACCAAUGUUGAAGGUAGAGCCUUAUUAUAGUCCUAAUCAGACGGUGGAAAUAUCUUGUGAUGUGGCAACAUUUCCAUCACCGAACAUAACGUGGAAUUUUAUUAAGUACCCUUAUUAUCCUUCUUAUGAAAAUGCAACCACUAUAGAAUUAACAAACACAAAAGAAAGUGGAAUGAACACCAGAUUUCAUUCAAUCGUAAAGAUGAUUAUUGAAAUGAGUGGUCAUCUUACCUGUAGCGCGUGCAACAUUAUUGGAUGCGAAUCUCAAACUGAAACCAUUUUGGUUUCUGAUGGAAGAGGUGGUUUCGGUAUAAUUGAGCUAAAGGAUUCAGUAGUUGAAGGCGACGAUUUAGAAUUAAUUUGUGCUGCCUCCAUUUAUAAUUACACGAGCAAUUUUGAAUGGAAAUACGCGAAUGGUACUUUUAUUGUACAAAAUGAUAGAUUGACAAUCGAACAAACUAAAACUCGAUUUACUUAUCGUUCGAUCUUAAAGAUAAAAAAUGUAACAAAAGCAGAUUCGAUGAUUUAUACAUGUAGUAAUAAAGAAGAAAUGGAUUUCUUUCUUCAAGUUCACGGGGCAGUGAAACCUUUUAUGAAGGAAACCAAUCUAAACGGAACUGAAAUUACGAUUGAUAUUAAUACACAUGAUUCACACAAUUCAUUAAUACUACAGUGUUUUGUAGGUGGAAUGCCUAAACCAAUAGUCAGGUGGUAUAAAAAUGAUGAACCAAUAAAAAUUGGUGAUCAAUUCACAUAUACCCAUAAUCAACAAGAAUUGCAUAUUAAUUAUCUAAGGGAUAUUGACAGUGGAGUAUACUUAUGUAAAGGCAAGAAUCGUUUAGGAGUAAUUAAGGCACACGGAAUUAUAAUAGUCAAAGGAAAAGAGGUUCCGAAGGAACUAAUAAUAUUGAUUGUCAUCUUAUCGAUCACAGUAGUAAUUUUGGUAGUCUAUUUUACAAUCAAGAUUCGCCGUGAAAAGAUCAUGAGAAAAGAAUUAAUGGAAGCAGGAUUAAUGCAUUUUGAAGAAGGAGCAGUAGAAUGUUUGAAUCCAGAAUUAACAGUGGAUGAUCAAGCAGAAUUACUUCCUUACGAUAAAAAAUGGGAAUUUCCAAGAGAAAAAUUAAAGUUAGGAAAACAAUUAGGAAGCGGAGCUUUUGGAGUUGUUAUGAAAGCGGAAGCAGAGGGAAUUUGCGAGAAUGAGCCAGUUACCACAGUAGCAGUAAAAAUGGUUCGUCGAACAACAGUUCCGACUUGUGUUCGUGCACUUGCUAGCGAACUGAAAAUUAUGGUGCAUCUUGGUAAACACUUGAAUGUAGUCAAUCUUCUUGGUGCUUGUACGAAAAAUAUUUCCAAACGUGAAUUAUUAGUAAUCGUAGAAUACUGCCGAUUUGGAAAUUUACACAAUUAUUUAUUACGACAUAGGGCUGAUUUUAUCAAUCAAAUAGAUCCAACAACUGGUAAAUUCGAUCCUAGUAUCGGUCAAGAUCUUUUAACCAGAUCCGUCAGUAUUAGCAGUAAUAAUAGGAUAAAAUACGUGGCAUUGUCAUUUUCUCGCAGUCUUAGUGAUAAUUCUGCCAUCGAAUCGAUGAAUUAUCAAACUUCUGCAAUGGAUUCUCAAGGAGUUAGCAUGUCACCGGAUGGUGGUAUUCAAAGUAAUAAUUCGUCCCAAGGAUGGAGAUUUAAUUAUCGGGGUGACUAUAAGGAUCAUAAUUUAAAACCGAUUUGUACACAAGAUUUAUUAUCUUGGGCCUUUCAAGUAGCGCGUGGAAUGGAAUAUCUUAGCCAAAGAAAGGUAUUACACGGUGAUUUGGCUGCGAGAAAUAUUUUAUUAGCCGAAAAUAAUGUCGUAAAAAUUUGUGAUUUUGGUCUGGCAAAAACUAUGUACAAAGAUAAUAAUUAUAAAAAAAAAGAAGGUAGUCUAUUACCUAUAAAAUGGAUGGCUAUCGAGUCGAUUAGGGAUCGAAUUUUUUCAACACAAUCAGAUAUUUGGUCAUUUGGUAUAGUUUUAUGGGAAUUCUUUACAUUAGCUGAAACACCUUAUCCAGGAAUGGAAGCUGAGAAACAAUAUCAGAAAUUAAUUGAGGGAUAUAGAUUGGAACAACCAGAAUAUGCUACUUCCCAAAUAUAUAACAUAAUGUAUCAUUGUUGGAUGGCUAAGCCUAGUUUACGUCCGAGUUUCACGCAAUUAGUUAAAAAUAUUGGUGAUCUAUUAGAAAAAAGUGUAAAAACGCAUUAUAUUAGUUUAAAUGAUCCUUAUAUGGAUAUGAAUACAACAAUGUUAGAAGAUGGACGAAGUGAUUAUUUAACAAUGCUUUCUUCACCUGAUUAUACAACACUUUCCUCACCUACUCAUGAUUAUUCAAACUUGCCUUCAAAUUUAACCGAUUCAACGUACUUAUGUAUGAGUCCCAAUAGUCAGGGAUAUCAAUCAGAAAUAUUCAGUCCUAGACCAAAUCAAGAAGGUACUCGUUUUGAAUUUCCAUCGCCUACUUCUGACUCAGAAGACGCAAUAGAAAUAUCACCAAUGUUAAAGAAACAGGAAGAGGAAGAAGAUCCUUAUUUAAAACCUAUCAAUGUACAUGCACGACGAGCAGAAUUCGUUCGACAGCGAGAGGCAAUGAAAAAUCAAACAAUAGAUCGACCAAUCAAUAGAGAUUUUGGAUAUUGUAAUACUCCACGAAAUGGUCAAUUAAUAAAUCUUAAUGAAAGGAAUAAGAACGAUUCAAAAAAUUCUGAUGACAAUGAAAAAUUAAAUAAUGGAAAUACAAUAUCAGAGAAAGAUUUUAUACCCACUAUCAUUAGGACGCAAGAUAAUUAUGUAAAUAUGCCUAAACAGAAGAGUGAUUUAAGGUUAGAAAUACCAGCUGGUUUUAGCAAUCCUAGUUAUGUGGUGAUGGUUAAUCGUGAAACAGAUCAAAUGAAAGUUUAAGCAUGAACUAUGCAUGAACAAAAAUUGUUACAAUUAUUCUAAAAUAAUGAUUAACAAAUGGAAAAUAUCUAUUUCAGGGGUUUCGUGGAAUGACGUAUAGGUAUGGAUGGAAAAUGGAAAAAAAUGAAUAUUAAAAAAGUGUUAUUAUCAAUUUAUAGAUUCAGUUUUUAUGUGAGCAUGUGUGUUUUCGAGUGAUUAAAUACGAAAAACUAAUUAUAUAAAUAAAUUUCAAAUAUCA